CAGUACUGUGCAUGAGGUCGCGACCUUGGCAGUAGAUUCAAUCCGAGAGACCCCCUACUACUCUCUCCCCACUUCAUCGAUAUAAGGCCUACACCCUUCUUCCACUACCUUCAGUUCAGACUUAUACAGCCGGUUAUUGUGUUAACAUUUCAUAGUUGUCAACCAGUUCUUUAGCCAACAUGACUAAAAUCGACUCGAAGAGUGUGGUAACCUCUGGAAAGAUGAAAAUGCCCGUAGUUGGAUUAGGCACUUGGCAGUCUACGGCAGAAGAAAUUGAUAUUGCCUUGAAUGCAGCCAUCGAUGCUGGUUAUAGACACAUUGAUACAGCAUAUGUCUACGAAAAUGAAUCAGCUAUAGGAACAACACUGAAGAAAUUGUUUGAUAGUAGAAAAAUUACUCGAGAAGAAUUAUUCAUUGUUACAAAGUUACCGAUUAUGGGUAAUAGAUCUGAAGAUGUUGAACCAUUUCUGAAGAAAUCUCUUGAAGCCUUGCAGCUUGAUUAUGUAGAUCUAUAUUUGAUUCACUGCCCAGCUGGUGUUAUGAAUAAAGGCUUCAAUCAACUGUUUCCUACAAAUGAGAAAGGAGAGUUAUUGCUGGACAAAAAUACCAAUCUUUUAGAGCUAUGGAAAGGUAUGGAAAAACAAGUUGAUGCAGGGCGUACUAAAAGUAUCGGUAUAUCCAACUUUAACCAAACCCAAGUUAAAAGAAUUCUUGACAGCUGUCGUAUUCCUCCAGCAAACCUUCAGGUGGAAUUACAUAUCUAUCUUCAGCAGAAAGAGUUGGUGUCUUUCUGCAAAGAACAUGAUGUUACAGUAUGUGCUUAUGGUCCAAUUGGCUCACCUGGACAAAAGGCAUUUUUAGAGAAAAGAGGACUUCCUACCGAGGGGAUACGAGUUUUGUCUCCUUUAGAAGAUCCUGUGAUUAAAGAAAUUGCAGAGAGGUAUAAUAAGCAACCUUCUCAAGUCCUCUUGAGGUAUAUGAUCGAAUAUGGAGUAGCAGUUAUUCCAAAAAGUAUCAACCCAGCCAGAAUCAAACAAAAUUUUGAUGUAUUUGAUUUUGAAUUGACAAAGGAAGAAUUUGAAAAGAUUAGUGCCUUAGACCGUGGAGAAGACGGAAGAAUGUUUGGAGGGCGUGGAAGUCAGGGCUUUUUCAAUUUAAUGGAAAGUCAUCCUGAGUACCCUUUCCCAAAAUAAUUCAAAGAAUAUCUUUUAUAUUAGUGUUUUAUUUUGUUAUAAGUUUAUGUUAUUUUAUUAUCAUGAAAAUUAAAUUAUCUUUCCUAAAUUAAUAUUUUUAUUACUUUUUAAUCAACUCUUUCUCAUUCAACUUUUAAACCCUGAUAUGUCCACUAUUUGAUUCCAAAUAGAUAAAUAAGAUAGUAGAAUUGUAUAACAAUUACUCAACAUGAGAUCAUUAAAUUUAAUCGCCGUUUGAAAUAAAGUGAGAACGUAUUAACUGAUUUUUAUCAAUGUUAAAAGCUUCUGAAGAUAUUUUGUUGAAUAGUUAAUUUUUUGUUUUUAAUUUAUCUUCAGACAGCUUUUGAUCUUUAAUAAUGUAAAAAAGUUAAUUUAAUUUUGUCUUUCAAAAAAGAAUUGUUAAUACUCAAUUUUUGUUUAAUAAAAGUGUCUUUUCAAGACAACAGAGCUGAAAACAAAAAAGAAAACAAAGACUGAACGAAUCUCACAGCCAAAAACGGUGGCUCCAUCACAACACGAGGAGGUAAGUAACAUGGAUCUUAAAAUUAGUGAUUCAUACAAUGACAGCUCCAGGCAGCUGGUUAUUGGUCGUAAAAUACCUCUGUCAGAUUCAACGAAGUCAAGAGCACAAAAAUGACCAGCAGAACCUGUUCAAACCUCCAACGAUUUUGAGCGUCUAUCAGCAAAAUUCGCAAACAGAAGUCUAGUUUUUGGUAGGAGAAUGACAUGGGAUUCUGUUAUUAAAAAAAAAAAAAAAGUGCUUCAUUAUAUCACUGGCUAAAACUGUUACACUCAUUAUUAAAACAAUAUUCCAAAUUAAAAGCAAGACAGAAACAAAAAAAUUUACUUAUCUAUUAAAACCACUCUGCAAUUAUGGCCUGCAAAUAUACAUAAUUGCUAAAUCAACACACAUACAACAACUUCAAACUUUUCAGUCUAAGAUACUGAGACUAAUUAACCAAGCACCAAGGUGCAUGAAUAACCACACUUUACACACUGACUUACACUUUACAAUAAAUAUGAACUUAUUACAAAUGAUUUCAUAAGAAGUUACAUAGACACUUCAACCAGCUAAUAAAAGAAAUGGCCACAAACACUAUACUGAAAAACUUCAGAUGGCUGUAAGGGUCUGGAUGAGGGAUCUACUUACAUAAUGUUUUAAUAAAUAAAAGCCAUGGAGGCUAUACAACUGGGUAUUGUUUUCCCUCAUGCCUAUCACGCCUUUUUUACAUUUUUCUCAUGAUUAUGCCAGCCCAUCUGCUUAUUGUUAAUAAUUGUAAUUGACAGGUGCGGAUUAAUAAAAGAAAGCUAAAAAAAUAAACGAUUUUCAAUGUAUAAUUGCUUUAAUAAAUUAAAGUACAGUAUAAGUACAUACUAA